AUGGUCGGCGCUCCCUGCGUCCCGUACGAGAAGCAUCGUCCUCAAAGGCGUCCAGCCAUCAAGCCUCUAGCCCCGUUACCAACCAAAGCAAGGCACAACCAACCCCGGAGUCCUCACAGUGCGCCCGCAGAGGCGCAAAGGGUGCUAUGUUCACCACUGCAACCUCCCCUCUCACAAUUGGCCAACACCUCUCCCCAACCAUCUCCUCAGGGCAAGGUUGUUGAGCACAGCACCGCAUCGCCGACAUCAUUGAUCCACAUCGACGACUCGACAGUCAAACGACACUUGGUGGAGAUGCUGUCUCAAGACGACGUCGACAGCCGCGUGAUGCAGAGCGGUGUUCGCAUUGCAUAUGUCGGACAGGAGUAUUCGAACAUUAAUUACCUGAUCCGCCACAGGACCAAGAAUCCUUCCGUGCACCACUUCCCGGCCGAUCAAAUCUCCCGUCACUAUACCAGCCAUGAACUGGAACGGAUCCCGAGAGAGGCAUUCGUGCUUCCUUCGAGAACCUUGGUGGACGAGUUGCUGGAGCAGUAUUUCAUCCACGUCAACCCGGGAUUCCCAAUCCUGGACGAGGAGAUAUUCAUGGCCCAGUAUAGAGCCCGGGACCCUCGGAAUCCUCCUUCUCUCCUUGUCCUCCAGGCCGUGCUCAUGGUAGGCGCUCAUGUUGCACGCGACCGGCCGGAUCGGGAUUCGCUGAAAACCAUGUUCUUCCGUCGCGCCAAGAUGCUCUUCGAUGCUCGCUUCGAAUGGAACCGAGACGUUGUCGUGCAAGCCGCGCUGCUUUUAACAUGGCACUCUGAGGGCGUGGAAGAUGUCGGUGCCAACUCCUAUCACUGGAUUGGUAUCGCAGCACGAACAGCAUUGGGGCUGGGGAUGCAUCGUGACUGCGGGUCCAGCACCCUGGUGGCCCAUGACAGGCGAAUCUGGAGACGGGUCUUUUGGAUCCUGGUCCAGUUCGACGUGAUGGUGUCUUUGUCCUAUGGACGGCCGCAGGCCAUCCAUCUCGACGAGUGCGAUGUGCCUCCUUUGACCCCAGGAGACUUCGAAGGGGUCGGUCGACUCGCUCAAGUUGAUUUCGUUAUCCAACAUACCGAUUUAUGCUCUCGGAUAUCAAGAAUCCUGCGCGACCACUUCCCCCUCAAGAGGAGUGAGGAAGUCCAUCGCAACUCCUCCACCAUCGCCGACGAGAUCAUCGCGGAUUGGUGGAGCUGCUUGCCCUCACAUCUGCGGCCUCGGUCCGCCGACUCGACCAUCUGGUCCAAGGUGUUGCUCUUGACGUAUAACAACUUUCUGAUCCUCUUGCACCGUCCGCCCCCGGGCAAGACUGCCAGCGUCAGCGUGUCGAGGUCGAAUGAUGCCGAUAUCUGCAGCUCUGCGGCCAAUACAAUUACGGAUUUGUUUGACCAGCUGCGGGAGAAUAAUGAGAUCCGCUUUCUUUGGAUCUCGUCCGUGAACGUCCUCUUCACCACUUUAAUCCAAUUGAGCGCGGAAAUGCGAACGGCCAACCCUAUUCUUGCCGUCGAUGCUCUGCGGAGGUUUGAUGUCGCGCUGGAUUGCCUCGCCAUCCUGGCCGGGUACUGGCUCAACGCCGAAAUCAUCCUUCGCUUGUUCGAGGAGAGCUCAGAGAGACUGCAGCAGGAGCUCAGGAUCGGCAAGGCACGCAAAGUCACCCAUCCUCCGUCAAGGAGGGAAAGGGAACGCGGUCAUGGUCACUAUGGUAGCGCUGCUACCCCUGAAGAGCACCAAGAAGAAUGCGGUGAAUUCUCAGACAUCGGUUGGCGGGACUUGUACUCUAUUGGGACAACACUGGACUAA